UUCUGCUUCCCUCUCGCACGCAACCACGUUGUACAAAGGAAAAUGUCCUCCCGCUAGAUCUUCUCUCUCCUAUAUAUCUUCCUCUCUUCUCCUUAGGGUUUUGUCUCGGACACCCCCUCUCCCCUCUACGUUUUCGUCGGGAAAGAGGAGAAGGAGAGGAUGACCAACAAGAACGGCGGAUCUGAAGACAGCGCCGCCCCUUUCACUAUGGCUGAUCUUGGCGCCGCCGCUCUGAGCGCGGAGGAUCGGAACAAGCUUGUGAGCACUCUCAAGAACAAGCUUCAAAACCUUGCCGGGCAGCAUUCCGACUUGCUUGAGUCGCUGUCGCCGGUGGUCCGGAAGCGUGUCACGGUCCUGCAGGAGGUUCAGUCUCAACAUGAUGAGCUAGAAGCAAAAUUUUUUGAGGAAAGAGCAGCACUUGAAGCCAAAUAUCAGAAGCUUUAUGAGCCUCUCUAUGCAAAGCGCUAUGACAUUGUAAAUGGUGUUGUCGAAGUUGAAAGUGCAAAGAGUGAGUCUCCUGAGGAAAAUGCUGCAGAUGAUAAAACUUCAACUGAGAAAGGAGUUCCAGAGUUCUGGCUUACAGCAAUGAGAAAUAACGAAGUCCUUGCUGAUGAGAUUACUGAGCAUGAUGAAGGGGCUCUCAAGUACCUUAAGGAUAUUAAAUGGUCUAGAAUUGAUGAUCCAAAGGGUUUCAAGCUAGACUUCUUUUUUGAUACUAACCCUUACUUCAAGAACUCUGUUCUGACGAAGACUUAUCAUAUGAUAGAUGAUGAUGAACCCAUAUUGGAAAAAGCAAUCGGGACAAAGAUUGAAUGGUAUCCUGGGAAGACACUUACACAGAAGAUUCUGAAGAAGAAACCAAAGAAAGGAUCAAAGAAUGCCAAACCCAUUACCAAAACUGAAGAUUGUGAGAGCUUCUUUAACUUUUUUAGUCCACCCGAGGUCCCUGAGGAUGAUGAUGACAUUGAUGAAGACACUGCUGAGAGACUGCAGAAUUUGAUGGAACAGGAUUAUGAUAUUGGGUCUACAAUCCGAGAUAAAAUCAUUCCUCAUGCUGUAUCAUGGUAUACGGGAGAGGCUAUCGAGGCAGAUGAUUUUGAAGAUAUUGAAGGAGAUGAAGAUGAGGAUGAUGAUGAGGAAGAUGAAGACGAGGAAGAUGAAGAUGAUGAGGAUGAGGAUGAGGAUGAGGAUGAUGAAGAGGAAAGCAAGAGCAAAAAGAAGCCAACAAGCGGUGGCCGCAAGAAAGAUGUUGCUGCCCGAGCAAGUGAAGGACAACAGGGAGAAAGGCCCCCAGAGUGCAAGCAACAGUAGCCACAGUUUGUUUCCGGAGACGGUGUGAUCAUAGCAUUGAGAUGAGCUGCUUUCGUGAGGAUCGCCUGUGUCAUUUCUUGCUGCAUGAAACCAAUGCGGAGAGGGUUGGAGUUUUGGCAAGUGUUCUUUUUUUUUCCUUUUACCCUUUUUAGACGCCCUCAUGGAGAGGGCAUACGUCAGGCGGUAGAGUGAUCAGAUGGAGUCCUUUUCCAAGCGGGAGCUGCGUUCGGGAAGAGUUUAGCGGCCUAUUUUAGUGGUCAUUAUGUAUGAACUGUUUCAAUUUUCGGCUUUUUGUGAAUCCUUGUUUUCCUUUCACCUUUUCUUGCUGCGUUUGUUGUGAAGAGAUCUUUGUUUGACGAAUUAAAAAGGGCCUUUCAGCGGGUGAUUUUCCCUUA